AAUAACCCUGACUCACUCACUCUCUCCGUUUCCUUCACAUUCAUCUCAACAAAGAACUUUUAACAAUGGCGUCGUCCUCGAAAUCGGUUGUUGUGUCGAACAAGAGAUCCGCCGGCGAAUCUUCUUCUUCCGAGAUCGAGGAAGCGGUGGCGAGUCUUACGAUGUCUUCCAACAAAAUCACGCUGAUCAGCUCCGACGGCGUGUCGUUCGAGAUCGACGAAGCGGUGGCGCGUCAGUUUCUGAUCGUAGCGCACAUGAUCGAGGACGACUGCGCCGGCAAAGCGAUUCCGGUUGAGAACGUGACCGGAGACAUCCUGGACUUGGUAAUCGAGUACGGAGAGAAGCACGUGGGAGAAGGCGGUGUUAAGCUUGACGAAGAGGAAGAGGAGGAGGCGAAGAAGAAGCUGGACGAGUGGGACGCAGAGUUCUUGGAGAAGAUAGAUCUGGAGACGGUGUUCAGACUCAUCCUGGCGGCGAACUUUCUCAACUACGAAGGGCUUCUCGGUUUCGCUAGCCAGGCGGUUGCGGAUUACAUCAAGGACAAAUCGCCAGAAGAAGUUCGAGACAUCUUCCACAUCGAGAACGAUUUCACACCUGAGGAGGAAGAAGAGAUUCGCAAGGAGAACGCUUGGACUUUUAAUGAAGACGAUAA